UAUUUACUACAGUCUACAACUAAGUAUUUAAACGUAAAAUUUUAUUACAGGAAGGCUAGGGGUUGUAAAAAUUUACAGUGAAAAAUUAUUAAUGUUUGUAGUUUAUACGUCCUUUAGUAUUACGCAUUAGUGAAAUUACAAAGAACAGUCCAUCCACUUGAACUAUUAUUUUACAAAACGUUUGAAUAGAGCAGACACUACAACGGUGAACCAGAUCAAUUUCUUUGAAUGAUUGAUGAAUGCUGUCCAAUAACUGCGGGCCGCACGCUUCCACAUGCGGAGGCCGUCUCCACGGCACACAUCGACGAUUUAGCCGAGGUAGACAGCGGCGGUGGUGGCGCCGAAGUGAUGGUGUACUCUCUCGGCUGGGGCAUGGGCGAGCCGGAGCGGCGCGGGGCCAGCAAGCGAGUCCAGCCCACGCACACGCUCUCGCCUGAUGAUGGUCAUGAGGUGGAUGUGCUGCCGCUACACAAUCAGGUGGGGGGUCACACUCGACUCCUGGUGCUGAACGACAGCACAGUCAUCAAGCCGCUCAACAUCAGGGAGCUGCAUUUCUACCAGAACAUUCCCGAGGACAUCCAGAGCUUCGUACCCAGAUAUAAAGGCGUGAUGCAGGCCUCACACAUGGGUGGCACGAAAUUGGACAAGCGGUAUUCGCCGUGUUUUCGCGACGAGAACGGGCGAAAGCAGUCGUUGGGCGGCAAGAGAAAACGAGACGACGUGUUCAAAUUUAAAGUACACCGAAAUGGCAAUGCUAGUGAAGUUCUUAAGAGCAUUGCUCAUAUGGACAAUUCUAAUAAACAAUAUUUCCUGAUGAUGGAGAAUAUAACGUGGUCGUACCGGCGGCCGUGCGUGCUCGACCUCAAGAUGGGCACGCGACAGCACGGCGACGACGCCAGCGCGGAGAAGCGCAGCAAGCAGAUCGCCAAGUGCGCCGCGAGCACCUCCGCCACGCUCGGCGUCAGACUGUGCGGCAUGCAGGUGUUCGUCGGUGAGACGGGCGCGUGCGUGCGACGCGACAAGUACUGGGGGCGCGCGCUCACCGAGAGCGGACUGCGCGAGGCCCUGCGUGAUUUCUUCGCGGCGGGCGGCGGCCUCCGCGCGCGCGUCGUGCGUCAGGUGCUGCGCCACCUGGACGCGCUGCGCCGCGCUGUCGCCAAGCAGACCAGCUACCGCUUCUACUCCUGCUCGCUGCUCAUCGUCUACGAGGGGGACGUCGAAGUCGCCCCCGCACCCUGCGCCGCCGCCGCCGCCGCCGCCCCCUCCGGCCACUUUGACAUGUCGACGCUGAACGACGAGAUCGACGACCGCCGCGAGCCCCUCGUCCACUCGGAGGAGACGAUGGGCGGGUACGAGGACGGCGAGGCGGGCGGGUCGCCGCCGCGCGCGCCGCCGUCGCCGGACUCGGCUGACAGCUGGAUGGCGUACUCGUCCGCGAGCGGCGAGUCGUGGCGCGGCGAGACGGACGAGGCGGACGAGGGUGGCAAGCGGGUGCGCGCCAGCCGCGAGGAUGAGCGCGUUGACAUCCGCAUGAUCGACUUCGCGCACACGGCGUACGCGGGCGCCGCCGCUGAGUCGCCGCUCGCGACCGCCACGCCGCACCACGGGCCCGACUGCGGCUUCCUCACCGGCGUCGACUCGCUCAAGCGCCUGCUCACGGAGAUCCUGCAGCCCUACAGUUAAUGAGCGCCGCGCCGCGUGUGGACCUCGUGUGAUCGAACCGCGCCCGAUCGCGUCGGAGUGACGUUCGACCGAUGAGUUUUCGUUUGGAGUGUAAUCUUGGGAGCGGCCCCCUCGAGCGGCCGGCGCCUCCCUCGAUGUGGCGGGCGUCCGAGGGCGAUCCCGCCCGGCGGCCCGCCCCUCCCGCCUCGGCCUCGCCGAGCGGCGUCGUCGAGGCCCCGCCCCCUCCCCCGGCCUCGUGAACGCGCGUCGGUCGCACCUAGUGAAUGUUGGCAGUACAAAACGCGUCGCUCGUAAACUCGUCGUCCUUCGACGGGAUACAGUAGGUAGUGUUUAUGUUAAGUAUUACUUUUAAUGACUACGAAAGGUAUGAUUUCAAAUUUUGUCUCGUCGGUUUCUAUGUUGAUGUCCAAAAUCGAAACAUUCCUAGAUUAGUUCUCGUUAGAUGUUCAUUUAAAAUUAAGUUCCGAUGCGGAUGUAAAAUAAUUAGAGUUGUGCAUUUCGACGAAUGAUCUGUAUUGAAUCCGUCUCAAACCUGAAACCCAGUAACUGAAGCCAAAGCUAAUAGUGUACACGAGACCAAUGUAGUGAUCCUAAAUGUAAAGCUAUUUUACUUUUAUGUAUAUGACAGAAUGUAAAUGAAAUAUUAUGUGCGUUACGAAUGAAGACAUGAUAUUUUAUAAUUUAUGAGAACGGCUGCUGGCAGUUGGAACAUGUUCUAUUAUAAUAUUGUAAAAAUUAUCUCAAACGAGUUCAUGUUCUAGUUGUGAGUGGUUGGCAAUAUUAAAUCUAAAUUAAUUAUAAAUUAUUAUUUGGCGAUCAGUAUUAUUAGUAUGUUAAACCAGUUUUCGUGAUACGUUAAGCAGCAGAGGUGCUAGUAUACACUGCCAACGUGAAUGGUACGGACACAGCGUGUCAUGGUGUCAGUUGACAGUAUAUGUGUGCGGGGUGUUCACUAGAUAUAGCCAACAUUCCUUCGUAGUUCGUGCUGCAUUCGUCGUGUUUGUUCUUAUAAGUUUUUUAUAUAUUUUGUUGAGGCAUAAAUUUUUAAAAUGUACCUGGUUAAUUAGGAUGCUAGGCUGUAUUAAAAAUUAUCAUUUACGUCUGUUAUUUUAAAUAACUGUAUGACACUAUUUUGUUAAAUAAAUUUUAGGUAUUU